AUGAGUUCAAAACAUUCAAACUUGACGACAGAUUUUCUAAACUCCCGAUCAAGGGUGAAGUAUGAAGAUGAUGAGGAGAGAAUUAUAUUUCUCUUCGAUUACAGGAAAGACGUAAAAGCCUCACAGAGUGAAAAUCCCAGUGAUCAUGCAGAAAAUGCAAAUGCCAAUGAUGAUGCCAGUGAUCUUUUGAUUGGAGAAGAGAUAAAUUGGAGAAGCCUUCAGAAAUUGAAGCGAGAGAACAAAUGGGGAGUGAUGCGGCAUCCUAUGAUUUUGAAUUUUUUGAAUGAGCAAUUGAUAAAUUGCGCUAUGUGGUACACAGUGCAAAUCUUAAUGUUUGCGGUAUUCUUACUAAUGCUCUCUUUCCAUAUAUUGAGCGAGAACGCAGUUACAAAAUCUUUGCUGUUGGUAAUGCUUCUGAUCUUCUUCGCUGUUUUGGUUUCUAAAGCAGUCAUCAAGAAAGGUUUUCCGGAGAAUAACAUCUCUUCCUGGUUUCUAGCAGCUUUAACAUUCAAUAUGGUUACUUAUUCCAUUACUGUAGCUUAUCUUCUGUUACCAGAAAUGUUUACAUACGAUAACUAUAAUGAAGAAUUGAAGAAAAUAAUUCUCUGGCUGCUUCCAAUCGUAGCUAUUCUAUCUGCAUGGCUCAAUUUCUUGUAUAUUCUUCGAAAAUCGCCUUAUGGAAUAUACACGUUCAUGAUGGUGCGGAUUCUGAAGUCUUUUGGACAUAUUGCAACGAUUUGGAUUCCAACUCUAAUUGCUUUCUCAUUUGCCUUCCAUUUGAUCAUGCGAGAUAGUGGUAUAGAACCAUGGGAUAGCUUAGUGAUAAAGAAUGCUACAGUUACACAGACUCUCCUGGUUGUGUUACAGGCUAUCACAAAGACUUCAACUAUGAUGAUAGGAGAAGUUGAUGCUAAUGAUAUAUUAGGAACAAAGCAAUGGAUUCCGUCUUGCCUCGUACUAGCAUUUGAAAUAAUCACCGUUAUUCUUUUGAUGAACUUGAUGGUUUCUCUGGCUGUUGGAGACGUAUCGGAUUUACGUAACACAGCGGAAGAUACUUUGCUGAGGAUCAAAGUCAAUUUCAUCAUCGAAUACUUACAAAUUCUUGAAAGCUACUUUUCAUGGAGACCUAAGAACGUUGUCAACAAUAUUCUUGUUGUUCAUAAGGAUGGUAGCUACUUCACCACCAAAGGUGACAUAGCAGAUGUCGAGAAUGAUGACAGCUUACCUGACGUAUCAGAGAAGAAGUAUGAUGUUUCCUUCAUUAAUCCGAGCAUGAGGAUGACAUUGAUUGAAAGAAAAGGUCGUCCUCAUACAGUUUCAUAUAAAAGCUGCUUCUUACAACUUAGAGAACGGUUAGACUCCGGCAUUCCUAGGUUUACCGGUGCUCCGACAUAUACAGAGGAAAAGUGUUCUUUGUGGUUAAGAUAUGCUAAGUGGCUAAUAGGUAUCAAUUGGACAGCCUUCCUUGAAGUCUAG